GCCUCCAAAAGUCCUAAUAAGGAUAGAAAUACAAGACUGUGUGUGCGCAUGUGGAACUGGUUUAUCUAUUCUUGUGAGGAUCAAUUUUGGGAAAAACAACUUGUGAGGACAUUUGGCCUGGUUAGGACCAUUUUGCAGGUCCGAGUAAGCUCAUCCUUGAAUUUGAGCAAAAUAAUAUAUGGCCAUAUCCAGAGGACUUGCAACGUUGCUCUCUACCAGUAUUAAUUGAAAUGGUAUUGAAGUGCGGAAACAAUUGGUUAAUUCCCAAUGGUGUGAGAGGAUGAAAUUCCACUAUUAAUUAAUUUUUAUUAUCAAAGAUGUUUUCAAAUUCAUUGUUUAGAACAUGCGUCAAAAGACAAAACAAUAUAUUAUUAUUUUGGGGAAACGGGCAAGGUUCGGUGUUUUGUUUCAAGACAAAGCAAUUUACCAAAAGACAGCACUUUUGAUGAAUAAUACAUGCGUUUGCUCUUCGCUCGUUUAUCUCCGUUCUGAGGCUGCGAUCGCAAGCCGGAAGUGGACGUCACCGUCAGCGAUGGGACUGAAAAAAAAGAAACCACAAUGAUGUGGGGACUUACGAUCGUCUAGGAAACUAAACCCGCAAUGUUAAAACCUCAGGUACGAAGAUGAGAGUUCGUGUUGAGGCUGGAAUUGAGGCAACGGGAAGGGCUCUGGUGCAUUGCUAAAUGGAGUCUGAGCAGCUGUACCACAGGGGCUACUGCAGGAACAGCUACAACAGCAUCGCCAGUGCCAGUAGCGACGAAGAGCUACUAGAUGGGGCCGGGAUGGUCAUGGACUUCCACACCACUGAGGAUGACAACCUGCUGGAUGGGGAUGCUUCCUCCCCAGGAUCUAACUACGCCAUGUCUAACGGCGGGGGUAUGGCCAGUAGCACCACCCAUCUGCUGGACUUCCUAGAAGAGCCUAUUCCCGGUGUGGGGACCUAUGAUGACUUUCACACUAUUGACUGGGUCCGAGAGAAAUGCAAGGACCGUGAAAGACAUCGGAAGAUUAACAGUAAGAAAAAGGAGUCCGCAUGGGAGUUCACCAAAAGCCUGUACGAUGCUUGGUCUGGAUGGUUGGUUGUGACGCUCACAGGCCUGGCCUCAGGUGCUUUGGCUGGGUUGAUUGACAUUGCUGCAGACUGGAUGAAUGACCUGAAGGAGGGCGUGUGCCUGAGUGCUAUGUGGUUCAACCAUGAGCAGUGCUGCUGGACGUCCAAUGAAACCACCUUUGCAGAGAGAGACAAGUGUCCUCAGUGGAAGAGCUGGGCUGAACUCAUCCUCGGCCAGGCAGAGGGUCCAGGAUCUUACAUCAUGAACUACUUCAUGUACAUCUACUGGGCUCUGUCCUUCGCCUUCCUUGCCGUGUGUCUGGUCAAGGUGUUUGCUCCGUACGCAUGUGGCUCAGGGAUCCCUGAGAUAAAGACCAUCCUUAGUGGGUUCAUCAUCAGGGGUUACCUGGGAAAGUGGACAUUGAUGAUAAAGACUAUUACUCUAGUGCUGGCUGUGGCAUCUGGACUCAGCCUGGGCAAGGAGGGACCCCUGGUCCAUGUGGCCUGCUGCUGUGGGAAUAUCUUCUCUUACCUCUUCCCUAAGUACAGCAAGAAUGAGGCAAAGAAACGAGAGGUCCUCUCUGCGGCUUCAGCAGCUGGAGUGUCUGUGGCUUUUGGAGCACCAAUCGGAGGUGUCCUCUUUAGCCUGGAGGAGGUGAGUUACUACUUUCCCUUGAAGACCCUUUGGCGGUCCUUCUUCGCCGCCCUGGUGGCGGCCUUCGUGCUGCGCUCCAUAAACCCCUUUGGUAACAGCCGUCUGGUGCUGUUCUACGUGGAGUACCACACUCCAUGGUACCUGUUCGAACUCAUCCCCUUUAUUCUUUUGGGAGUUUUCGGUGGCCUCUGGGGCGCCUUCUUCAUCCGAGCCAAUAUUGCCUGGUGCCGUCGCCGUAAAUCUACCCGAUUUGGAAAGUACCCAGUUCUAGAAGUGAUCCUGGUGGCGGCUAUUACUGCGGUCGUUGCUUUCCCAAACCCCUACACACGUCAGAACACCAGUGAACUGAUAAAAGAAUUGUUCACUGACUGCGGCCCUCUAGAGUCUUCACAACUUUGCCAGUAUCGCAGCCAGAUGAACGGAAGCAAAGCCUUUACCGACAACCCGAACCGCCCCGCGGGCCCUGGUGUCUACGCCGCCAUGUGGCAGCUUUGCCUGGCCCUUAUUUUUAAAAUUAUAAUGACAAUAUUUACUUUUGGACUCAAGGUCCCAUCUGGUUUGUUUAUCCCUAGCAUGGCUAUUGGUGCGAUCGCAGGUCGAAUCGUUGGAAUUGCUGUGGAGCAACUGGCUUAUUACCACCACGAUUGGUUUCUGUUCAAAGAAUGGUGCGAAGUUGGCGCCGACUGCAUCACUCCUGGACUGUAUGCCAUGGUGGGCGCUGCUGCGUGUCUGGGUGGGGUGACCCGCAUGACGGUCUCUUUGGUGGUCAUUGUCUUUGAGUUGACUGGGGGGUUGGAGUACAUCGUCCCCCUCAUGGCUGCUGUCAUGACGAGCAAGUGGGUGGGAGACGCCUUCGGUCGGGAGGGGAUUUACGAAGCCCACAUCCGCCUGAAUGGGUACCCCUUCCUUGAUGCUAAGGAGGAAUUCACGCACACAACUCUGGCCAGGGAAGUGAUGAGGCCCAGGCGCAGUGACCCUCCACUAGCGGUGCUGACACAAGAUGACCUGACUGUGGAGGAGCUGCAGGCCAUCAUCAAUGAAACCAGUUAUAAUGGUUUUCCUGUGAUCGUGUCCAAGGAGUCCCAGAGGCUAGUGGGCUUCGCUCUGCGCAGGGACAUCACCAUUGCUAUAGAUAACGCACGCCGUAAGCAGGAGGGCAUCAUGUUGAACUCUCGGGUGUACUUCACCCAACACGCCCCCACCCUCCCUGCCGACAGCCCGCGGCCACUCAAGCUGCGCUCCAUCUUGGAUAUGAGCCCCUUCACCGUCACUGACCACACGCCCAUGGAGAUCGUGGUGGACAUCUUCAGGAAGUUGGGCCUGCGUCAGUGUCUGGUCACUCAUAACGGGAUUGUGUUGGGCAUCAUCACAAAGAAGAAUAUUUUAGAGCAUCUGGAGGAGCUCAUGCAUCAAACGGAGCCCCCGGCGGCUUCUCGGCAUCAUCACAAAAAAAGAUAUCCUUCGUCACAUGGCUCAAAUGGCAAACCAAGAUCCAGAGUCAAUCAUGUUCAACUAAUCCGCUCCUUCCAGGACGCCUGGACAGGAGGGGGCGGCAGUGAGGAGGAGGAGGAGGAGGUGGGCCUCCUGGACGGAGCCAACCUCUGACAUUCAGACCCAGUGUUUUGUGUUUGUCUGGACUGUGACCCCCAGAGACUCACCGGCCGUGAGAGGGAAGAGGAUGAUACCAGACUGACUAAAUUAUGAUCUUUCCUGCUGCUGAGGUCACUGUGAGCUGCGGGGUCAAAGACACACGUGUGCGCUCUCUCUCUCAGACAUGCAUGCUCCGACAUCACACACACACACACACACACACACACUAAUGUAUAGAUAUACAUUUGCACUCUUCUGUGUCCUAAUGCGGCGAAGGGUCACAGGUCAGGAUGAUCCGCUGACGGGCUUGCGAUGACGGACCUUGGCACUAGCUGGCCGAACAAGUGAACCUCCUGCCCACCUGCACAGCUGACCUGUCCGUCCUCCUUUGUGCGUGGGGUCCCCGUCCGUCUGUCUGUCCGUCCGUGUGUGUGUCAGUCACCAUAACAUUCCAGUCCGGUUACCAUGGAAACCCAGGAGUCACCUGACUCCGUAAUGGAGCAUCUCUGGAUCACGUUACCACACAGUUGCCCCCUGUUUUGGCUGUUGUGUUGGUGUGAGCCCCUGAAACUGUGCGUGCGUGCGUGCGUGUGUGUGUCCGAAUGUGAAGUCCUUUAAGAUGGAAAAAAUAUUUUCACGACCUCUGAGCCAGGCGUGUCCAUGUCAGGGUUGUGUGUCCAGUGUUCCAUGAUGAAACACUCUCCCUCUGUAAUUUAAACAAAGGAAAAAAGAAACUGGAAUCUUGCUUUUCACUUUGAGUAAAGACGACGCUACAAGUCUGCGUGCGUGUGUGUGCACGUGUGUGUGUGUGGUUGUCCUGUGGCUCGUGGACAAAGUCCUUCAUGUCGAACACUAAUUCACCAAUUCAAGCUAAACGAUUCAAGUUUUUCACUUUGUAAAUGGAAUAAAUAAAUAUACUGGCAGAGUCUAAAUUAUACAAGGUGAUAAAUUACAAUAAAAUUAUUUAAAUGAC